AUGGGUAAAUCAAAGUCAUCAUCAUCAACAGUAAACACUCCAAUUUCAAAGGAGGAAUUGACAACCUUGGAAUCAGAGUUGGAGGAUAUUAUUUCUGCUUGCAAUAAGAUGAAGUCUAUCGUUUCGAAAAAGUUGAAGCUCGUCGACCCAAAGAAGAGAGAUCGUUCCGACGACGAAUCCUCGGCCGACGAGAAGAAAGACACCAAGAAGAAGCAAAAGACUUCUUCCAGCAGUAGCUCUUCGACUGCCAACGGCAAGUCCAGCAAAUCCAACGGUAGCACUACCGACACUCCAACAAAGAAGAAUCGUCAACUCAAACCAAAGCCAGCCGGUAUCAACUCGGGUGUCUGGACAGAGAAGGAGGAGGAGUUGCUCGCUGAAGGAUUGAAGUUGUAUCCAGAGAGCGACAUCGAUCGUAUUCACAAGUUGUUCGAUCACAUAAAGACACGUACCAAGGAGCAGAUCAGAAAGCACAUGAACUACCACAAGGACCGUGUCAAGAAAGGCAUCACCACACCCAAGAAGACCAAGAAGGACGACAAGUCCAAGGACGACAGCAGCGACGACGAAGACCGUUCGAGAUCACGUUCCAGAUCAUCGUCCGAGUCGAGAUCACGUUCCCGUUCGAGAUCAUCGAAAUCACGUUCCAGAUCGGCAUCACGUUCCCGUUCAUUCUCAAGAUCAUCUUCCAGCUCGAGAUCACGAUCGCCAGUAAAGAAAUCCACAGAAUCACCAAUCGUCUCGCCAAAAGAAACCGCCAGUAAACCAGCAGCCAAAACACCAACUAAAACUAAAAAAUAG